AUGAGUUCCAGGUUCCCGCCAAAUACAAAGAUAAAAGAUUUCGGAUAUCCCGAGUCUCAUCCAUUACAUUUCGGUGCUCUGCUUCGACAUUCGUUUCAAUACACUACUGAUGAAAGCUAUACGUCAGAUGAGAAUUCUACGAUAUUGUGUUCUUCCUCCUUGAACAAGUCGCGGCGAAGGAGAAGAAGAAAAGGGGAAAGAAUGGAAGAGGAGGGUCAAGGCGAAGGUGAAGAGGAUGAGGACGAGGAAGAAGUGGAAGAUGCCGACGAAAUGAAUUGUAAAGCAAGAGCUAUAUUUGAUUUUAAGCCGGAAAAUGACAAUGAGAUUGAAUUGGUUGAAGGACAGAUUAUUUGGAUUAGUUAUCGACACGGACAAGGUUGGUUGGUUGCUGAAGAUCCUGCAACUGGAGAAAAUGGAUUGGUGCCAGAAGAGUAUGUUGAGUUUCAAUUUGAUAUCGAGGGUGAUAUGGAUGAAGACGUUGCUAAGCCUUUUUUACCAGAGAUUUUCAAUAGAUGUCGAGGUGAGGAUGGUGGUGAGGAUGAGGAUGAAGGGGAAUGGGUGGAUACCGAUGAUACUAAUGACUAUGAAGACAAUGAUGUUGAUGAUGUGGUGGAAGAAGAUAUGGUAGAUGAUGACGAGGUGGAAAUGCUGAAAAAGAGCAAUCAAACAGAUAUAGAACGACUAGAUGAACAAACCAAGAAGAUGACAAUAUGA